GGAGGCGGCGGCGUCCUCGUAAAGGGUCGGGGAGUUUCGGAGACACACAGCAAUGUUUGGAGUAGCAACGGCGGCGCGAGGGCCCCUGUAGGUGGCUCGUGCCUCACGCCCAGCAGCUGUAGCAGGAGUGUGCAUUGCUUGGAAGGAUUAAAGGGGAAAAAAUGUUUUCCUUGAAGGAUGCUGUGAUGGGUGCCUCCACUUUCUUUGCUUCAACUCUGCCACACGAUGUCUGUGGAAGCAAUGGUCUUCCUCUGACGCCAAACUCCAUUAAAAUUUUGGGCCGUUUUCAGAUCCUUAAGACAAUCACCCAUCCCAGACUUUGUCAAUAUGUGGACAUUUCUAGAGGAAAGCAUGAGAGGCUGGUGGUGACUGCUGAACACUGUGAAAAGAGUCUGGAAGAUUUGCUGCGAGAGAGGAAACCUGUGAGCUUUUCAAGGAUUUUACGCAUAGCAUUUGAGGUAUUGCAGGGUUUGCAAUAUAUGAACAAACAUGGAAUGGUCCACCGAGCACUCUCCCCUCACAAUAUCCUCCUGGAUCGAGAGGGACAUAUUAAAUUGGCUAAGUUUGGACUAUACCACAUGACAGCUCAUGGUGUUGAUGUUGAUUUUCCUAUAGGGUACCCAUCAUACCUGGCACCUGAAGUAAUUGCACAGGGAUUUGUCAAACCUAGUGAUCACACUCAGUGUGAGAAGCUGCUGCCCUCUGGCCCUAAAUCAGAUGUGUGGUCUCUUGGUAUUAUUUUAUUUGAGCUUUGUGUGGGUAGAAAACUGUUCCAGAGCUUGGAUAUAGCUGAAAAACUAAAACUUCUGCUUACAUUAGGCUGUGUGGAUGACAUUGUAACCGUAUUAGCUGAAGAACAUGGUUGUCUGGACAUUAUUAAGGAACUUCCUGAAAAUGCCAUAGCUCUGCUGAAGAAAUUCCUUACAUUUCAACCUUCCAAAAGGCCAACUCCAGACCAGUUACUGUGUGACAAUGUGUUCAGUGAAGUGGCCUCUGCAUACCCACCCUUCCACAAACCUGCCAGUCUGUUCUCCUCCUCUCUGAGAUGUGCUAAUUUAACUCUUCCAGAGGACAUCACUCAGCUGUGUAAAGGUAAAAAUGAAGACUGUGAUUACCUAGCAGAAAGAUCAAUUGAAGAGGUGUAUUAUCUCUGGUGUUUGGCUGGAGGAGACUUGGAGAAAGAACUUGUUAACAAGGAAAUCAUUCGAUCAAAACCACCCAUCUGCACGCUUCCCAACUUUUUGUUUGAAGAUGGUGAGAGCUUUGGGCAAGGACGAGAUAGAAGUUCCCUCCUAGAUGACACAACUGUGAUACUGUCGCUGUGUCAGCUCAGAAAUAGACUGAAAGAUGUUGGUGGGGAAGCAUUUUAUCCAUUGCUUGAGGAUGAGCAGUCAAAUUUACCCCAUUCAAACAGUAAUAAUGAGCUAUCUGCAGCGGCCAAUCUUCCUCUGAUCAUCCGAGAGAGGGACACAGAGUACCAGCUACACAGAAUUGUUCUGUUUGACAGGCUACUGAAGGCUUAUCCAUACAAAAAAAAUCAAGUCUGGAAGGAAGCCAGAGUUGACAUUCCUCCACUUAUGAGAGGUUUAACCUGGGCUGCCCUGCUGGGGGUUGAGGGUGCCAUUCAAACAAAAUAUGAUGCCAUUGAUAAGGACACUCCAAUUCCUACAGAUAGACAAAUUGAGGUUGAUAUUCCUCGCUGUCAUCAGUACGAUGAGCUGCUGUCAUCGCCAGAGGGUCAUGCAAAGUUUAGACGGGUAUUGAAGGCCUGGGUAGUUUCCCAUCCUGAUCUUGUGUACUGGCAAGGUCUUGAUUCACUUUGUGCACCAUUUCUGUACUUGAAUUUUAACAAUGAAGCUCUUGCCUAUGCCUGCAUGUCUGCUUUUAUUCCCAAGUACCUGUAUAACUUCUUUUUGAAGGAUAAUUCUCAUGUCAUUCAAGAAUACCUGACAGUGUUCUCCCAGAUGAUUGCAUUCCAUGACCCAGAGCUGAGUAACCAUCUCAAUGAAAUUGGCUUUAUUCCAGAUCUGUAUGCUAUUCCUUGGUUUCUCACUAUGUUUACACAUGUCUUUCCACUGCACAAGAUUUUUCAUCUGUGGGAUACGUUACUGCUUGGCAAUUCUUCCUUCCCAUUCUGUAUUGGAGUGGCUAUUCUGCAGCAACUGCGGGACCGGCUUCUGGCUAAUGGAUUCAAUGAAUGCAUUUUGCUCUUUUCAGAUUUACCAGAAAUCGACAUUGAACGUUGCGUCCGUGAGUCAGUCAACCUUUUUUGCUGGACCCCUAAGAGUGCAACAUACAGGCAACAUGCACAGCCUCCAAAGCAAGCCAGUGACGGCAAUGGCUCAAGAGGUUCAAUGUCCUGCUUCACAGCAGAUUAUCAGGAUGCACCUAAAAGUGACCUGUCUAGGGACUCUAUCCAGUUGAAUGACCUGAAGGCGGAAGUGUCGCCACGGAUUUCAGCAGAAGAUCUGAUUGACUUGUGUGAGCUGACGGGACCUAGUCACUUCAAAACGCCUACAAAGAAAACCAAAUCUAGCAAGCCAAAACUGCUUGUAGUUGACAUCCGUAAUAGCGAAGACUUUAAUCGUGGCCACAUUUCAGGCAGCAUCAACAUUCCAUUUGGCUCAGCAUUCACCACGGAAGGAGAGCUCGUCCAGUGCCCUGCUACUGCCACGCUCCAGAGCUUCAAAGGAAGAGUUGUUGUGAUUGUAGGACAUGUGGUGAAGAACACGGCUUCUUUUGCAGCUCAUCUAGUGCAAAUCAAAUAUCCAAGAGUCUGCAUUCUGGACGGAGGCAUAAACAAGAUCAAGCCAACUGGUCUUCUGACAGUUCCUUCUCCACAGAUAUAAGCAACUACAAAUUUUGAGAGAAUUUAAAGUUAAAGGGUUCUGUCGACUGUGUGUGAGCAUCAUAAACCGUAAGGGCAUUAUGACAUCUGCGGUAUACAUGAAAUCCAAAUGAUCAGCGUCUUUCCAUGUGGAUCUGGAGUGAAGGAGCUUUGAUUUUAUCAUUUGACAUGGAACUUCAGUUGGACUGGAUGAAAAAUGUGAAGCUUUAAAUCUUGCAAGGGACUUCCUUCAGCAGCAAUGAAAUCUGCAUCAAGCAUUGUCAGGUUCCAGUAUAAAAGCAGUGUAGCUAAGGUAAAUAUUUAGGGUCUAUACAUAUUUCAGCAAAACAGGAGAAACCAUUGCCAGAGAGAUCACAGUUGCAUUAAAUAGAUUAUUUUUGAGAAAUAUUUUAGAGCGUGAACAUUGAAAGUAAUAGGCUGAAAUUGUAUCACACACAUCUUACUACAAAUAACAUUUUUCCCUAUCAAAUCUUUAAAGAAUAAAUGCUGUAUUUAGUGAUCCACUUUUGUUCUGGGCAGCUGUUUUCUAAUCUGGACAGGAAAUGAAAAUAAAUAAAUCCCAAACUGGAAAUCAAUGUUCAGAGUGCUGCUGAAUAUAUCCAAAUAUAUACCUUCUUUUAGAGAAUUGUUCAUUCAGCUUUCAUUUACUCUUUACUAUUACUGUAGCUGUUUCAUAGU